GGAAUGGUUUCAAAUCGCCAGCAUCUGCGCGUAACCCGCACGAGCGUUCACCGGCGUGCCCGUCGGACCGAUGCGGCUCUAACCCGAGAGCGUAUCCUGUCGUACGAACAGCACUGUAAUCCGAUAGCGGAGAGGGAAAGUGCCGUAAGAAAGACAGAAGCUCCUUUGGAAUUCACAUUCGGCUUUUCAUCCACCGUUUUCGCCUUUGAAAAAGAUGAUCACUAGCUCCAGUGUACAUGGCUUAAAGAUGCAGUGGACCCCAGAGCACGCGCAGUGGGCGGAACAACAUUUUGACAUCUCGUCCACCACACGUUCCCCCGCACAUAAAGCUGAAGCGUACCGCGGACACCUGCAGCGGACCUACCAGUACGCUUGGGCCAAUGAUGACAUAUCAGCCUUGACAGCCUCCAACCUUCUGAAGAAGUAUGCAGAGAAAUAUUCUGGCAUCCUGGAGGGUCCCGGUGAGCGGGCGCUCCUGUGCACGUACUCCGAAAGCACCCCAGGACUCUUGAAUGGACGCAAAUCAGAAAGCGACAUAUGGCAGGAGGGAAUCUACUCAAUGAACUGCGCUGCAGAUGUGUUAUCUGCAAGUAAGACUGGAUUGACGGCCGGCCUGCCUCUGCCGGACGUGACAGUGAGCGUCGGCAGCUCAACAGGGGUGGCGAGCAGCCUGAGUGAGCCCAGCUACUCCAGCAGUAACUGCGGAAACCACUCGGGCAUCCCAUCUCAGGAAUUCGCUAGCAGUUACAAUGGCUCGUACUUGCAUUCCACUUACAGCGGCGGGCAAAGCACACCGGCUCUGCCGUCCCCACACCCCUCACCUUUGCACAGCGCUGGGCUCCUUCAGCCUCCGCCCCCUCCUCCUCCAACCCUGGUGCCCAGCUACAACGCAAGUUCUCCGAGUCUCUCCAGUUAUAACUACCCUCCAGCAGGCUAUCCCCCACAGACUGCUGUCGCCCCGGGCUACAGCCCAGGAGCAGCGCACCCCCCCUCAGCUUACCUGCCCUCAGGCAUUGCUGCCCCCACUCCCCUACCCCCUUCCACCCUUCCCGGUUACUCCUACCAGUCCCACAACCACGCUCCAAUUGCACCGACACCUUUGAACGGCAGCUCGGCCAACACGUUGAAAAGAAAGGCCUUUUACAUGACGGGCCAGGGAGAUAUGGACUCCAGUUAUGGAAGUUUCAACUACAGCCAGCAGCGUUCCGCUCAAAGCCCCAUGUACAGGAUGCCAGACAACAGUCUCGUCGACUCAACCAGAGGGAAUGGAUUUGACAGGAACGUUGACGCAUCAACUUUGGCCUUUAAGCCCACGAAGCAGUCGAUGCCUCCAGAUCAACAGCGGAAGUUCAGCGGCCAAUCCGGCAGGGCGCUAACCCCUCCUUCUUACGGAUCCUCCAAAGGUUCCUUGGGCUCUUCGUUCGGCAAGUUCGGAUCCCCCAUCUUGAGUGACCACGGUGAUGACAACAGACAGCAUCUCUCUCAUUCCAUUGGCACGGCGACAUCAUCCAGCCACCCCGCUGAGGAACAGUUAAAAAACAGCGAUGCCAGUUUGGUGGAGAUGGUCACCACUGAGAUUCUGCAGCAAACUCCUCCUGUGGACUGGAGUGACAUUGCUGGGCUGGAGAUGGCAAAAGCCACCAUCAAAGAUGAGGUCCUGUGGCCUAUUCUGAGGCCGGACAUGUUCAGUGGAAUGGCCACGUUACCUCGCAGCAUCCUCCUCUUUGGAGCUCAGGGCACUGGCCGGACUCUGCUCGGCCGUUGUGUUGCCAGUCAACUCGGGGCUGCAUUUCUCCUGCUCAGCGGCUCAGCGCUGGUGACGAAAUGGCUCGGAGAGGGUGAUAAGGUCGUCCAGGCAUCAUUUCUUGUCGCACGUUGCCGGCAGCCCUCGGUGGUGUUCAUAAGUGAUGUAGAUCUGCUCUUAUCCGCCCAGCUGAGCGAAGAAAGUCCAGUUAACCGAAUCAAAAGCGAACUCCUCCUUCAGCUCGACGGCGUUCUAAGCUCGCCGGAGGAACAUGUUCUAGUGGUAUGUUCCACCAGCAAACCCGAAGAGAUUGAAGAGUCUCUUCGAAGGUACUUUGUAAAGCGGUUGCUAGUUCCCUUACCGGACGCCACUGCACGACACCAGAUAAUCAGCCAGCUGCUCUCACAGCACAACUACUGCCUCAGCGACAAAGAGGUUACGCUGCUCGUUCAGCGGACAGACGGUUUUUCCGGGCUGGAUGUGGUCCGGCUUUGCCAGGAGGCCAUGGUUGGUCCUAUCCAUGGCAUGUCCGGUGCAGACCUUUCAGGAAUGAUGCCAGGUCAGAUGAGACCGGUGUCGUACCAAGACUUUGAGAAUGUGCUUUGCAAAAUCCAGCCCAGCAUAUCGCAGAAAGAACUCGAUACGUACACUGAAUGGAAUAAGAUGUUUGGCUGUAGUCAGUAAAGACAGAUAAACCCACAGGGUGACCCGCUGGGUACAAUUACGAAUUCUUUGGGUGACAUGUGCAGUUCUAAAGUGUGUUUUUUACAAAUGUAGAUGACCCCUGAAGAUGUACCUGUGGGACGGUCGGAAAGAGUUAAAUGAUGCAUGGCAGUACUGUAAGUCAAGGUCUGGCCCUUUGCACAUAAUCCAGACAGAGAAACACUGUUUUCGGGCUCGGUACUCUCAGUACCAAGGAACUCUGUAAGUGAGGACAAACUUCUUUGUAUGUAAAUAUCAUUCUGCUGUUUUUGAGAUUCUGUUGCUAUGAAGUGCCUGAAGUGGUGCUUUAUCGAUUCGGAUUUGUUUGCCUCACCAUCGACAUUGGUGGCAUGUGCUAAUAUAGAGAGCUUUAACAUGAAACUCGAACAGACAUGUUCUGCUUUUCUUUCCUUUUCUGUUCUCAACACGUCAAUCGAAAGAACAACAGUAUUCCUCAGUCACGUCUCACCUGUAGACCCCGCGACGGGCAGUAGAGGGUCCAUGUUGUAAUCUGGAUCCUAAUUUAUUAAAUUCACUUGCGUUUGAUUUCCUUGAAAAACUCAGGAAAGGGAUUGUGAUUUGUACAGUACCUCAAACCGAUUAUGUGAUACCACCGCAUACUGCUGACAACAUUGGGUUUGCUUUCUAAUUUGCUUGGUCUCUUGGUUUACCUCAGCCUGUUAAAAGAUGAAAAAGUUAUGACUAUGAAUGUAACCAGAAAUGUCUGGCUUGUUGGAAAGAAAAUUUGAGGCGUUUUUUUCCUUCCAUUAUGUAUUACUUUUCUCUAUUAUUGCUUGAUGUUUGGAAAGCAGAAUUCUGUAUUAACUGCAUCGCAUAUUUAUAGACUCUUCAAAGAUUCCCGGAGUCAAAGAUGGGCACUGUCUGUUGUGUAGAUAAGGUUAGUCUGGAACCAUGUCUUGAGUAUCCAGUAGACGUCAACAUUCGUGUAACGUACAAUAUUUCAUGUUUGUCGUCUCUGCAGAAUAGACGGAAGAGUUGGGGUGAACCAAAAGUGUACAAAGAGGCUACUAUAUUAAAGAAAUAAGUGGAAAGAUCAUCUUCACUUUUUUCAUAACGCAGUUACGUACGUUUGGUUUUUGGUUGUGGACGCUGUCCUGCUGCUGUGUGGUGUUGGUGUGGAGAUAUCAGAAGGCUCAUGCGUUACCCUACGUUCUGUUCUACCUCAGUUUAGCACUACUUCCUCUGCGACCGGAACAGAGGUCGUAACCUCUUUAGGUUUGUUCAGCUCUGAGGUCUCCGUAAAGAUCAAGCUAACUUUCUCUUCAAAACAUGAAACGUUUGUCUCGCACUACCUGUGCAAUUUUUAAGCUCGCUCCGGAGCGCCCAGAUGACACCAAACACAUGCUCUGAAAAAGCAUUCUUAAAGGGAUAGUUCACUCAAAAAUAAAAAUUCUGUCAUCGUUUAUUCACCCUCAUAUUGUUAGUCUUCUGUGGAACGCAAAAGAAGAUAUUUUGAGAUGAUGUUUCAGUGGUUUUGUGUCUACACAAUGGAAGUCAAUGGGGGACAAUGUUGUUUGGUUAUCAACGUUUUUCAGAAUUUCUUCUUUUGUGUUCUGUAUAAGAAAGAAAGUCAUACAGGUUUGGAAUGACGUGAGGGUGAAUAAAUGAUGCAAGAAUUUUCAUUUUUGGGUAAACUAACUCUUUACGUCUGCAGGUGUAUAGCUAGCUACCCGAGUACCCAGUACUGAGGGUUUGAGGUACCACGGCAAUGCGUUGAGCUUACGUAAAUCCAUAGUGUAUGUUGGGAUAUACAAUCGUUAACAGUAAGAGGAAACCUUGUUUUUGAAUGUAUUUCCGUUUGUUUCUCGAUAUGUUUACUUCUCGAAGCAUUUGAGUCAGCUUUUGAUCUAGCACUAGAGAGGCGGUGAUGUGAUUUGUUCCCUCGUUUUCAAUCUCUUUCUUUCCUCUGCCUUUAUAUCAUGUGUCUCAAGUGUUGGACAGGACCCACGCUCCGUUUUCAACUUCAACUUUUUGUCCACUGCAGUGUAAUUUGUCACCAUUUAAGGUGCUUAUUUAGCUGGUGGAGGCACCAGAUCUUCACUACAUGUAUAUAUGACAUAUCCUCGAAGAAAUAUCUGUUGGCUUUUUUCACAUAUCCAGAUACACCGUUCAGUAGCUGUGUGGGACGCUUAUUUCAUAAUGUUUGUUAAGUGAUACGUGCGCCCAAAGGACCACAAUUUCCAGCCUCGGUUCGGUGUCUAAGGCUAAAAGCUUUUUGCGUUCCUUUAAGUGUUUUGUUUUUGUUUGGUGUUGUUUUGAAGAAAAGUUUCUAUUGUGCAAUUUGUCAAAUGCACUUUUAACGUUUUGUGUUAAAGCCUGUCACACUUAUUUGUCCUCCCUCAAAACCAAAGCGAACCAAACUAUUUUACUUUAUGGUAAAAUUGAUCCAUACGUUCCAUCACAUUCACACUUUCAGAGGAACUUGUAGAUUAAACCAGUGAUUGACGCAAAAUAUAGUUCUCUCUUUUGUUGGUAAUGAUUAUAUUCUGUGUAUUUCGAAGCCAAAAAGCACUGAUGAACAAAACCACACUGACUGUAAGAGUAAAAUGAACAGUCUUUACUGUUUUCUGAUGUUGUUUUUAGGGUUGUGCUACACUGUACUGGAUUAUUGAACAAAACUGUUUUUUAUUUCAAGGAAUGGUACAGCUUCAAUAUAAGUUGCUAUUGAUGGUAUAAUUUGAUGAAUACCGAAAAUUAGUUUGACUCGUUUUUCAGUCUGGGCUCAUGGCUAAUAUGCAGUUUAAAAACACAAAUGAAAUACUUCCUAUACAGUAUUUGUGAACUCCAAGUCAAGUCCAAUCUUUUAUCUUGUUUUAUGAGUACGCAAGGAUACUACAAAGAGACAUUCUCCUAACAUAACUCUCACAGGAGUUACAUUAGUAACACAGUGAAAUGUUCAUCCAUGAAGUAAACCGACGGCGUGUUUGAUUUCCAAACUAAGCCCAAAUUAUUUUCCACACGAGUCGACAUUCUGCAACCCGUCCGGUCAAUAAAGCUUAACUUAUAUUGAACCUAAACAUUCCUCAAAUCGAUUGAAAAGAAGAGGGAGGGAGUAGGAGAACAUCCAAAAAAGUACAAAAAAAAGUUUGAAAGCACAUCUCCGGUGUAGAUAUGAAUCAAAAACCGCUUGAUUUUCUUUUCCUUCUGUUUGUGUCUGUUGACUUUCUUCUUUCAGUGCUGUUGUAGAUGUUUCUGUCAUCUAUAUAGAACGAUCUCAUCCGUGUUUGAUUUGACCAUUAUUCCUUAUGACCAUUUCUACCUCAUUGCUACAUAUUGACAUGUAGUACUUAUGUUCUGUCUUUUUUGAAUGUCACACAUUUGUAUAAAAGGAAAUAAAGACAAAAAUGUAUCAAAACGAACAAAAAAGGGUCAACAAAAGGCUUGUUCUUUAACUUGAGCAGUCUACCUCAAAAAGACUGUCUGUACGUACACUGAGCGAGAGUACCUGCACAUGUUCGGCAGAGACGAUGCACACUCAACACUCGGCCUCUGAGGAUUAGUUUCGGGAUAUUGUGGACUGUAUAGGUCUUCUCCGAGGUCUCUACAUGCAAAUUUUGCUUUUUUUUUCACCCCUCGAUCGAAGUAAACCGCUUUCCCUCUUUGUGAACUGUAGUGUGCAUGUGGAUGUGUGUGCACUUAUUAUGAAGUGUGUACGUGUGCAUUUUUAUAUGAAAAAGUCUAUAUGAAAUGUAGAUGCAUUUCAUAUGCCGUAUUUGUACAUUAGAUACACUUGCACAUUUGUGUACUUAAUGUACAUUUGUUAUUAGUAUAACGUUUUGAAACCACAUACAUGUUAUUAUGUGUGUGUAUGUACAUUAUUGCCAUUAUUGCAUUCGACGUAAAUGUAUUUUCAUGUAUGCAU